CAGCUUUACGAUUGGCCGCUUCACCAGCUACGUGCACGAGGGCUGUCCGGAUGGCUAUAUGCAAAUCGCAGAAUCCGCUCGAACACCAAUUGGUGGCAUGUGGUGUGGCAGCUCGUGGGGACCAGUUUUAUUCUACAGCGAAACGCGUUCGCUCAUAUUCACCAUAAAGCUAAACAGAUUGGCUCGGGAUCAAAGCGGCUACAACUUCGAUUUUCGUAUUAGGUACAAGGUGCUCUCAAAGGAUAGCUCGGUGACACGCUACGGCGGCAUUAAGCUGGCAGAGCUCAGCCAGUGGCACAAUCGCAGCAGCUUCCUCAAUCCCCAGCAGCAACAGGCUCAAGCCUCUGGCUCAGUCUUGGAGGACUUCACAAAUUCCAGCGGCGCUCGCUCUGAUCGCUACGGCCAGGACUUUAGUCUGUUUAGCGCGUAUGCGAACAACAAGACUUUCAUGGACUCGCUGGAGAAGCCGCUGGCCAAGGACGAGCACAACUACACAGAGCCCAAAUACUAUCUGGGUGAUCUUAUACCGGGCACUUACUGCUCGCGCAUCUUCAGCGAUUGCGACAAGAAGCCUUGCCGUCUGCAGUCGCCCAACUAUCCGGGCAUCUAUCCACGCAAUCUCACCUGCUAUUAUGCAGUGCGACAGCACGACGUGCCCCAUGGCAAACAUGCGCUGAUUCUAGUUAAACAGCCCAAGGGGAAUCUCGUUUGGAUCUCCACGCAGGAGGCAUCGGCCACAAACAAAAUGGCGCCGCCGCCGCCAAGUGCCAGCGACAAGGAUAAGAAGCUGGAGCCGAGGCUGAAAACAUGGAAUGACUGCGAUUACAUUCAGGAAAAUGUUAAAGCCAAGUGGAAAUCGACGGACUACGUGACCGUAUACGAUGGCUACACCACACGUGACCCCAUCAUUCUGAAAUUUUGCGGCGGCGGUCAGGCGGUGCCCGCUGCCGUAUCUAGCGGACCGGAGCUGCUGGUGGAGUUUAGCACCUCGCCCUUUGGCACCUUCACGGGCACCUCAUCGCAGCUGCUGCCGCUCUAUGGCUUUCAAUUGGAGGUCGAGGUUCAAUUCGUGGACAUACAGAGUCCCACGUACUCGAAGAACAAAAAACCGUGUGAGUUUUGGAUACGCGGCACUGGCCGCGGCAUUCUCGAGAAUCCGAAGCACUCGCUGGCUCCCAAUUCGACGUGCCUCUAUCAUCUGCAAGGCAUGGGCGUCUUCAAGACCUUCGACCAUUUGAGCUUGUCGCGUCGCACGAGCAGUCAGUCGGGCAUGCAUCAGCCACUCUCCCGCUUCAAGGUCUGGAUCUCUGUGCUGAAAUUCAAUCUAGAUCCGGAAUUCGGACAAAUGGAUGAGACGUCUGUGGGUGCAAUUGGCGUGCUGCAAACGCAGGAGGAUUGCAGCGGCAUGCUGCGCAUCUGGGAUGGCACAUUGAGAGAUGUUCCAGUCUGCAAGGAUCUCAACUGCGCCAGCGAGGCAAGCCAAGGCUACAAUUCAAUUGGACACUAUGCGCACAACUCGACCAAUGUGAUUGCGCGUUUCUGUCGCGGCACCAUUCCACGCACCUGCGAUCGCUCCAACAUUAAUGAGACUUUCGCGCGACCCUGCACCAUCUCCGAGAGCUAUGUGUCUAGUAGCGAUGCCAUCACACUGGAGCUGCGCAACACAGAAUCAACUGUGCUGAGACCCCUCGACUUUAAGCUGAAAUAUGAGUUCAUCGAUCUGCACCAGGAUGGUCUGCCACAGGGCGGCGGUGAGCUGGACUGCAAUAGGAAGUUCGUCAGCAGCCUGAUGGAUCGCAAGGAUCCGGCGAUCUUUCGCAGUGUGCGCAACAUUUUUCUCUUCGGACGCGGCGGCACGCGACACCUGAAAUGCGUCUAUCGUUUCGAGGCGCUGCGCGGAGAGCGAGUGCGCAUCAAGCUGCGCAAGGUAACGACCUCGAAUCGAAAUUGCUACUCACGUCUGGAUGAGGACAUCAAUCGUUCCUUCUGCUAUGGCGAUACGAAUGUGCGCGUCGAGAUCUUCGAGCGUCCCUAUUCGGACUCCAUUCUCCUACAUCGCGGCUGCGUCUGCAACUCCUCUAAUCAGUCCCACCUGCCCGUUGAGUAUACCUCGACGGGUCGUGAUGUCGAGGUGCACUUCACAGCUCACAAUAUGACCACACUUGACGAUCCGGACACGGCCAACUUCGAGGGCAUGUUCGAGUUCGUAAAGGCGCCCACCAGCUGCAAGGAUGGCAGACGCAAGUUCGGACCCAGCGGCACCAUCGACAUGACCUUUGGUGAUAUCGAAUGCCGCUCGCGACCCUGGCUCAUCGAACCCUCCAAUGGCAACAAGUUUCUCUACGUGCGCCUUAAGGCCAUCUUCCUGAGCAAACACAAUCCGAAGAAGACUCUGAAUGCCACGCACCUGGAGACGAACAGCUGGCGCUGCGAGACCAAAGCCCGAGCAGUGCUCACCACCUCGGAGGGUCUAACCAUUGUGGCCUGCCCGCUGAGUCCCGACUCGAAUGGCUAUGAGUUUGUGGAGAUCUUCAGCUCCGGCUGGAACGAGCGACCCAAUUUUGCGCUGAUGAAUCGUUCGCGUGCCAUAAGCGUGGAAUUCCUGCGACCCAGCAAUGGCGAAUAUAGCUUCAAUUGGAUGGAACUGGUGCCCAGACCCACGCUCAGCAUAGCAGAGGAUUGCCAGUUCAAGUGCGCCGAGCUGGGCGCCUGUGUGAAUGCGAGCGUCUGGUGCGAUGGCAUCGUGCACUGCCCCUCGGGCGACGACGAGGCCUUCCUGCAGUGCUCCGCUCUGAUGAAACUGCCCGCCGAAAUUCUAGCCACGCUCUGCCUGAUCUUUGUGCUCUCGUGUUGUGCUUUCGCUGCCUUUGCCUACAAAAAAAUAAAACGUAAACUGCGCGGCUCUUCGGUGCUGCAGACGCGCCUCAAGUCGCUCAGCUCCAUGGAUACAGCUGUGCUGGAUGAAAAGGAGGUGAUUUGCUGACAAAGCGACAAUUCUGUGCGUUACGUUGAGAUCGAUCGUGUGACCACGGUCUGAUCGAACACGACUGAAAUAACGUGCAGAAUUGUGCCCCGGAACUGAAAAAAAAAAAAACAAAACUCAAAGUAAAACUGAAAAUCAAACUGAAAUGCGAUACGAAACGCGAUCAAAAGGCAAUAUAAAAAUAAUGAAAGAUAAACUAAAAUGAAAUCAAAAAAAUAC